AUGAAGUCAUUUAUAAAAUCGCCCAAAAAGUAUGAUUCUACUACCUCCACAAGCGAUACCAAAUAUGCCCCAGCCACCUCAAAUGCCCAUUCUUCAACCAUUGAGAGUAUGACCCGUCCCCCGACAAGCAAUCACAAGUUCACACCCACUUCGUCUCCUAAAUUGCAACAGUUUCCUCAAUACACCCCACCUUCUAAUGUUCUUUCAGCCUCGACUACAAAUUCGCCAAAGAAGUUGUUAACUCCAAUCAAGAAUUUAUUCACAUCAACGAAGUCAGCAGGUCCAACACCAAGCUCUAAUGACUAUUUACAAAGUCUAAUGUUGAACGGAACUUCCCCAAAGGAAUCAAGAAGUUCCCGGUUCAAGAAGCAUAUACGUAGCCGAAGCAAUGCUUCCAUUCCCAUAAACGAUUUCAUGAAACCACCUGAACGACUAAGGGGGGAUGUCAAACUCAAGCUGACUGUGUCGUCUCCGUCUCUUCAAGGACUAGAUACGAGGAAUGUGAAACCGCUUUCUAGUACUAAACAAAGUGAUACUUUGGGCGAGAACCACCCACUUGAGUUUGUGGAGGUGCCUUCUGCAAAUAUAAGCACUCUUGGUCCACCCAUACUGUUGAGUAGAAGAUCGAGCAAAAACAUCAGUAUUGCAUCCUUAGCAGAAAGUGAAAAUUUCCACACCAAGGAAGUUUUCUUUGACGCGACGUCCAUGUCAUUUAUCAAUGAUAAGGACGAUUUAAGGACAAACCACACCAGUUAUUCUAGUGAAUCUUCGGAUGAGGAAUACGACGAUGAUAAUGAUGAAGACUAUGAAGAUGAUGAUGAUGAUGAUGAUGAUGACGAUGAUGACACCUCCUCUCAAUUUUCAUUUGUUCAAGAUAUGAAAGCUGGAAGAAACACUUCUGUCAAGUACUACAAAACAAGCGUUGAUAAACCCAAGUUGGAGCAAUCGAUGAUCCUGAACAGUUUUGAUGAAAAUGAUUUGGGGCAUGAUGCUGAGGACAUUAUGGACUAUGAUUUCGAGAACAAUGGAUUGGGUGAUCAUGACGAAGAUUACGAUGAGUAUAAUGAAUUCGAUGGGGAGAAUAUUGCGUACAAUGAAAUGUUUCUGGAUGAUGAUUUGAGAUCGCAUAAUACUUCUCAUGCAUAUGACGACAAAUGUCGUGAAAACGAAAUUGUUAAGGACGGCACUACUUUACAGACUCCUGCUCCUAGCGCUGAUCCAACUUUUGGCAAUCUAUCAAGUAGCUUCUCGCCAGAAACAAAGUUCAGAGAGCUUACCUCAAAAUUUGAAUUUCCUCUACAUGCACCUUUCAACUCAUCUCAUCAUUUGUCUAUUCUGGGCCCUUCUAAAGUGGAAAACAAUGACUUGCCCUCAAGCCCCGGGAGAGCGAGCAUCGAGGAGGAUAUAUUGGAGAAUUAUUUGGACCCAAGCAUUCUGAAUUCCAUCCAGUCCAGUGACAACGUCCAUGUUGAGCUAGAAUCACCAGCAAUUCAUCAGGAGAGCGAAUUUGAGCUCUUUGAUGUGAGUAGCCCAGUUAUAAAUGGUCUCACAAUUGGUCACAAUUUAGAGCAUCGUUCCAAUCGCAAAGGUCAGAAUUCAACUAGAUCCUUGAUUCACCGCAAUCCAAUCAACAUUCCUUUGGACCAAUUUGAGAGUUGUGAGGUGGGUGAGAAAUAUGCCUCUGAAGAAGAACGCUUUAUAGUCUCAUUUCAUGGUUCAUUGGAUGACAGUUUGAACAACAACAUAAAGUGCAAGCUCGAUGAUUUUGAAAAUUGGUGGAAGUUGAGACGCACUACGGAGCUCCACAAAUGUGCGGGGGACAAUACUACUGAGGCAAUACCAUUGGGGCCUGUCAAUAAUCAAUGUGAUACGUCCGCAUCAGUGGCUGAUUUCUCGACAGAAGAUGGCGAUAGCGAUGGAAAUAAUACAGCCCCACAGGUAUCAAACGGGUACAACAGCUCCGACUUCAACGCCAUUAACAAUCGAAAUCGAAACUCAGUGGCUGAAAUGAUGGGCUUAUUGUCAACCUUGGAACAAAGCAAUCGACAAGAGGGGCAUACCGAAGAGACAGCUGAUCCAGCAAAUGGGCAAUAUAGAAAUUCGGUGGCCGAAAUGAUGGGGCUUUUGUCCAAUUUAGAGCUUAAUCACGAAGUUGGCACAAUCAACAAAUCUGCAUCUGAGAUUGAUAACAAAGAGGUUCGAAACUCAGUAGCAGGUAUGAUGAAUUUUUUGGCUUCCUUUAGAGAGAACGAAACAUUAGCAAGUGAAUGUCAUGAUUCAAACGAUGCUGAACCACAAAUCGCUUCUGAAUCCACUCUCAAGAGUAUGUUACUGCAACUGGAGUUUGACACCCUUGAUUCGAGCAUGAAAAGGAAACCAUCAUUCAAGCGGUAUUCAUGGUUUAGUAGCCAAGAAAGCUUGAGUUUGAAAGGUGUCGAUCCAACUGACGAUUCAUUAAAACCACCACCAUUGGAUCAGGAUAUUCUUGAUGAGAUCAACCAAAUUCCGGAGGAUUAUGAUUACGACGAACGAAAUAAAGUCAAGCGAUCAAAUUCUAGAAAAGAUUCUUUGGUUACCGGAUUCGAAAGAUCAAGUUCAUACAGCAGAAAACCAAAAAGGGUUCUAAUGUUAAAUCAGGCCAAACCAAAUAAAAUAGAAACCUCAAGCAAGACAGUUACCUUUUAUGAUAAGAAAAAAACAUCACCCCAUGCGAUACCAAUAGACGUGAACCGGGUAAAAAGCUCAAACAUAAGUAGGGGCCUGUCAUUUCGAUCUGUCAAUUCAAUCCCAUCUGUUAGCGAGGUCAACGAGGAAGAAGAGGAUGAAAAUGGAGACACAUCUGCAAUUCCAGUGCAUGUUAAACUAGGCAGAGCCAAAGACUGA